AUGGCUUCUGGAUAUGACCGAGCGCUUUCAGUCUUUAGUCCUGAUGGCCACGUUUUCCAGGUAGAAUAUGCUCUCGAAGCUGUCAAGAGAGGAACAUGUGCUGUCGGCGUAAAGGGCAAGGACAUCGUCGUCCUAGGCUGUGAGAAACGCUCCGCCAUGAAACUGCAGGAUACACGCAUCACACCCUCCAAGCUCUGCCUGCUCGAUAACCACGUCUGCCUCGCUUUCGCAGGCCUCAAUGCCGAUGCCAGAAUCCUAGUCGACAAAGCCAGAUUAGAAGCCCAGUCACAUCGUCUUACCGUGGAGGAUCCCGUCACCAUCGAAUAUAUCACCAAAUAUGUUGCUGGGGUGCAGCAGCGAUAUACGCAGAGUGGUGGCGUACGGCCGUUUGGCAUUAGUACGCUGAUUGUGGGUUUUGACCAUGGCGAUGAUGUCCCGCGUCUGUACCAGACAGAGCCUUCGGGAAUUUAUUCGGCUUGGAAAGCAAACGCAAUCGGCCGCUCGAGCAAGACUGUGCGAGAAUUCUUAGAACGGCAUCACAAAGACGAUAUGGACAGGGAGGCAACGAUCCAGCUGACCAUCAAGUCGCUGCUGGAGGUUGUACAGACGGGGGCUAAGAAUAUCGAAAUCGCCAUAAUGGCGCCUGGGAAGACUAUGGAACUGCUCCCGGGCGAUCAGAUUGAGGCAUAUGUCAAGAGCAUAGAGACGGAGAAGCAGGAGGAGGCUGCUAAGAAGAAGACGGGACGGACUCCCGGGACAGGAACCGCGGCCAUAUUAACGCGAGGCGGAGGGGAGGGGUCAGACAGCUGA